AUGUCUCCCGUAAGAUUCUGUGAUCAUGAAUCAGUCGAUACGACUAAAGUCCUGUGGGCUAAAAUGAUGGGUGCAAACGAAUAUAGUGAUUUCGUUAUUAAAUGUCACUCCCGAAUAUUCCCUGUUCAUCGAAUCGUCGUUUGCACACAAUCAAAACCAAUACAAGCUGCAGCAAAUGGAGGAUUCAUGGAGUCUGUUACUGGCGUUCUCGACUUAGAGGAUGAUGAUCCUGAGACUGUCGCGAGAAUGAUCAACUUCUUGUACCUUCAAGACUAUGACGAUACUUCUGAGCCGAGUGAAGAAGCUGAAGAGGAGGGUUAUGGACGUUUGUUAAUCAAUACUAUGGUCUACAUUAUCGGCGACAAAUACGAUAUUCAAGCUCUCAAAGCCCUCGCAAAGAAAAAGUACGAAGCAGCAAUAGUGACUGAUUGGAACACGCCUUCUUUCUCAGCUAGCCUGGAACUUAUAUACGAGGAACUCCCAGAAAGCGAUACCUCUCUGACAUCCGUCGCCCUCGCAACUGCAGGAAAGCAUUUAAGAGAGCUAAACGACAGAGGAGAGUUUUCAAGCCUAUGCAAAAAUAAUCCAGCAAUCGCUUAUGAUCUUUUAACAACUAUUACUUCGCAACCUACUGCAGUUGCCUCUCCAGGCAAGAUGCACACGCAAAAUAAAAAAUCAUGUCCCAAAGGCCACACGUUUACACAUCUCAACGAUAUACACGCGAUGUAUGAUUCGGCCGCCUGGAAAUGGAAAGUCAAAUGUCCCAAUUGUGCGAUGCAGAAGGUUUGUUAUAAGGCGGAUAAUUCGUGUAAUCUCGAAGCGAAAUGGGAUGCCCCGGAUGUGGGGUAUUGGUAUUUGUGA